AUGGGCAGGUGUAAAAAAUCACCUGAAUCAAUCUACAUUAACUGUUACUACACAAUAAAUGAGCAAGGCAUCGAUAAACCAUCAUCUGCUUCUCCUCCUGCCACAGUGACGGUUUUAGAUUCAUUUCCGAAACCCAUCAUCAGUGUUAGUGAUGAUGAUGACCAGCUCAUCAUAUCAUGUGAAAUACCACUUUCAGUCAGAGAUGAUUUCAACUGUAGUCUCUACACUGAGGAUGAUGUUCUUCUGUAUCAACGUGUCUCUCAGUGGAGUCAGUCUGGAAAGAAUCUUUGUAUGUUUUAUGUAAGUCGUAGUGAACUCUUCACACGUUCAGUGAACAGCAGACAGCUGAUCUGUGUUUAUUCACUCAAAACUGAACCUGAGAUCAGAUCACCACGCAGUGACACAUACACCUUCAGAAACACAGUCACCAUCAGAGAUCUUCCUCAGGCCAAGUUGAGAGCGUCUGCUUCAGUUAUUCUGGAAACAGACACAGUUGAGCUGAGCUGUGAGAAUACUGAAGAUCUGAAGAUGGAGAAGUGUUACUUCAACAUAAAUGGAAGAGAAAGUAACUCAAAACACAGCUCAUCAUGUCAGCUCUCACUCACUGGAUCUCAGAUCAGUGUUUGGUCUGGAGGUCAGAGUUCAUCUGUGAGAAUAAGCUGCUUCUACACUGUGAAUUUGUCACAAGUUCAAAAACCAUCUGCUCACUCUGAUCCAGUGACAGUAACAGUCAACAUCUCAACGGUGACCUCUGCUGGUAAAACUUUGACAACUGCCACAAAAACAACUUCAACCUCUACCGAUGAAACUUUGACAACUGCCACAAAAACUUCUGUUCCUCACACUGUUCACACUCACUCUGAAGGCUCCAGGCAUUAUUUCUGUCUGGACUCAUAGGAUUCAUCUGUCUGUGCCACUUUACCAGUUCUGCUGAUGUUCUCACAGAGCUGAACUACACCUCCUGCCAGAUAGAAACAUCAUCUCUUUUAACCUCCUCUGUCUGCGCCUCAAAACAUGGAUGACCUGUUUACUUUAUUUUCCUUUCGCUAAAGUAUUAAAUCUUAAAUCUAAUUUAGUCUAUAUGUACUUCUUUAUUCAACUAUUGUAACACACAUAGCUUUUAAUAUAGAGAUUAAUUCUAACAGCAAAGUUGACAGGUGAACUGCAACAGUUUCAGAAAAUGAUCAUAGUGUCCUACUGGUUUUGUCUGUUUUUUUUUUUUUUUUUUUUUACUUUAAGAUCAAUGACCAUCUGAACUGCUGGCUUUUGUCUGCAUGCUUUUAUGGAGUUGCUUCCAUAUGAUUAUCAGAUUAGAUUUUUGCAUUAAGGAGCAAAAGUGUACCUGAUGAAGGGACCACUGUGUCCAGCUGUGUGUAUAAAAUCAUUAACCUAUUCACUAUGGUAUUCAAUAAAAAAUAAAGGUAAACCUGAACAAAGAUGAGUGUGAGGUGUGUAUACAUAAAGAGAGAAUAUAUAUUUUAUAUUCAGAAAGUGAAUCAUGUUGAACCAAAAGCUGCUUUGGUUUGGGGAGUCAGACUGAUUCAAAGUUGUAAGUUCUGAGUUUGUGAGUCUUUUGAACUAUUCAUUUAAAGGACCAACUCACUAGAGUCAUUUGUUUGUGAAUCCUACAAUUGCAAGCACUGUGUGAAACACUGGUGAAAUUUGUAAAUCAAAGUUAUGUCCACCUAAAACCUUUUAAUUAAACUUGUGACCCA